AUGACAACCGACAUUAAGGACGCCGUGCCUCCGCACAAGACCUUCGACACCAUUCUGGUGCUCGACUUUGGGUCCCAGUACACGCACCUGAUCACUCGACGGCUGCGCGAGUUCAACGUCUACUCGGAGAUGCUGCCAUGCACCACCAAGCUGGCCGAUCUCGACUUUACACCCAAAGGCAUCAUCCUCUCUGGUGGCCCGUACUCAGUCUACGAGGAGGGUGCGCCCCACGUCGACCCCGCUGUCUUUGAGCUCGGCGUGCCAAUUCUUGGAAUAUGCUACGGCCUGCAGGAGAUGGCCUGGCACUUCGGCAAGAAUGCUGGCGUCGCAGCUGGCGAAAAGAGGGAGUAUGGCCACGCACACCUGAACCUCCAGCAGCACGGCGGCCAUGUCGACGAGCUGUUCAAGGGCCUUGAGAACGACAUUGAGGUUUGGAUGAGCCACGGCGACAAGCUGAGCCACAUGCCCGAAAACUUCGUCACGGUCGCUACUACCUCCAACUCGCCCUACGCUGGUAUCGCGCAUAGCUCUAAGAAGAUGUACGGCAUCCAGUUCCACCCCGAGGUCACACACACUCCCCAGGGCAAGGUUCUCCUCAAGAACUUUGCCGUCGAUAUCUGCCAGUCCACGACCGACUGGACCAUGGGCAAGUUCGUCGACCAGGAGAUCGCGCGCAUUAGGAAGCUUGUGGGAGACAAGGGUCAGGUCAUUGGCGCCGUCAGCGGAGGCGUCGACUCCACCGUCGCCGCCAAGCUGAUGAAGGAGGCCAUCGGCGACCGCUUCCACGCUGUCAUGGUCGACAACGGCGUGCUCCGCUUGAACGAGGCUAAGCAGGUUAAGGAGACGCUCGAGAAGGGCCUGGGCAUCAAUCUGACUGUUGUCGACGCCUCUGACCUGUUCCUCGACCGCCUCAAGGGCAUCACCGACGACCCAGAGAAGAAGCGCAAGAUCAUCGGCAACACCUUCAUCGAGAUCUUCCAGCAGAAGGCCAAGGAAAUCGCCCAAGCCGCUCACAACACUCCCAGCGCUGGCGAAAUCGAGUGGCUGCUUCAGGGUACCCUCUACCCAGAUGUCAUCGAGUCCCUCUCUUUCAAGGGCCCCUCGCAGACCAUCAAAACCCACCACAACGUCGGUGGCCUUCCAGCAAACAUGAACCUCAAGCUCAUUGAGCCCCUGCGCGAGCUCUUCAAGGACGAGGUCCGCGCGCUCGGUGUCGAGCUCGGCAUCAACGAGGAGCUUGUCUGGCGCCACCCCUUCCCAGGCCCGGGCAUCGCCAUCCGCAUCUUGGGCGAGGUCACACGCGAGCAAGUCCGCAUUGCGCGCGAGGCAGACUACAUCUUCAUCGAGGAGAUCAAGAAGGCGGGUCUGUACAGGAACAUUAGCCAGGCCUUUGCAGCGCUGUUGCCGGUCAAGGCAGUGGGUGUGAUGGGCGACAAGAGGGUGCAUGACCAGGUCAUUGCGCUCAGGGCGGUGGAGACAUCCGACUUCAUGACGGCGGAUUGGUAUCCGUUUGACGGCGAGUUCCUUAAGCGCGUGUCGAGGCGCAUUGUGAACGAGGUCAACGGCGUUUGCCGCGUCGUCUACGACAUCACCAGCAAGCCCCCAGGCACCAUUGAGAUGGAGUAA